AUGUCAUCUAACAAUCGUAAGAAAUUGCUAUUGAUGGGCCGUUCUGGGGCUGGGAAGUCUUCAAUGAGAUCUAUUAUUUUUUCGAAUUAUUCUGCGUUUGAUACUCGGCGACUAGGAGCUACCAUCGAUGUAGAACAUUCUCAUUUGAGGUUUCUGGGUAAUAUGACUUUGAAUUUAUGGGAUUGUGGUGGGCAGGACGUAUUUAUGGAAAACUAUUUUACACAACAGAAGGAUCAUAUCUUCCAGAUGGUCCAGGUUUUGAUACAUGUAUUUGAUGUGGAAUCGCAGGAGGUUAUAAGGGAUAUUGAGAUAUUUACUAGGGCUUUGAAGCAGCUAAAGAAAUACAGUCCGGAUGCCAAGAUAUUUGUUUUAUUGCAUAAAAUGGAUCUUGUGCAAUUGGAUAAACGAAAUGAAUUAUUUGAAAUAAUGAUGAGUAAACUUCAGGAAGCUUCAGCGAUAUAUGGCUUUCCGGACUUGGUCGGUUUCCCAACAAGUAUUUGGGAUGAAAGCUUGUACAAGGCCUGGUCCAAGAUUGUUUGCUCGCUAAUUCCCAAUAUGAAUGUGUACCAGUCCAAUUUGAAAAAGCUAAAACAAGUACUGGAUGCAAGAGAGAUUAUUUUAUUUGAAAAAGCCACAUUUCUUGUGGUGUGUUCUAGUAAUACUUCAAUGGGAGAAUCACUUGAUCCCAAGCGAUUCGAAAAAAUCAGUAGCGUGAUGAAGAAUUUCAAGCAAAGUAGCAUGAAACUUAAGAGUUCUUUCAAGACAUUGGUUUUGAACGAUAAUAUCUAUGUCAGUGAGUUGUCACCAAAUAUGAUAUGUUUUAUUGUUUUGCACAGAAAUGACGACCCGCAAGACAUGGUGUUGGAAAACAUCAAGAAGGCAAAGCAGUACUUCCAAUAG